UCUAACAAAGAUAAAUUUGGGGUAUUCAUCAAGAAGUAAAUUUUUGUGAGUGUAAAAUUACAAUAGGGCGCCACAAUAGUUUAAUUUGAACAUGGUAUACAGUUAAUAAGCUAUAGGCAAUACUUUAUAUAAUAAUGAAUAAUUUUGACUGUUUGAACACUGUUGAUGGAGAAAUACUAAAAGGAAUAAAUAUAAGACAAAAAAAAAAUAUUUUGCGUCCAAUAUCCAAUAACUACAAUGAUAUUGAUGUUGGUGAGCCAUCAUGCUCGAAUACAAGUCGUUGGCACAAUCUCGAAAGUAAUCAUAAAAGGGACUUUAGUACAGGAUUUGGAUUUACUAGCAAUUACAAAGGCACUGUAUACAGGAAACAUAACAUACGAGACCAUACCGUUAUAAGGAAAACAAGAAAGAAAAUCCUAUCCCAACGCACUAAAAUAAGAUGUCCCAUGAGAAUAAUGCAGUUAUCUGUGCCAACUAAAAGAUAUUGCUUGGAAACUUGGAGAAGCAAUAGAGAUAUUCUUCCUGACUUCAUGGUAACGAUUUGGAUAACAAGUAUACUUGAAGAAUCGGCAUACAAAAUAUUAAUGGAAGAGUUUCAAGAACUCAAAGAAGUGGAAGGGCCGGUAUGGGAUUUGAUCGAUCAAUUAAUAGAUAAUGUUGUGGUUGUUUGUGAACCCAUGACUGUUGUUAGCUCAAGUAUAAGUCAGCUAUCAUUAUCAUCUAUUUCAAAGUCAGUUUCGACUGAAAAACAAAGUCUUAUAAUAAAUACACAAAGUAAGAGCAAUAAAAAUGGUAUUGGUGCCAACACCGUGGAUAACAAAUAUGAGAAUGAAUCAAUAAUAGAUUAUAUAUUAGACAAUAUAGCGUACAAUGUUGAGGCGCUGGGUACAGAUAAAGAAGACAGUGUGAAUAAAAAUAAAAAAGAUGCAACAUUGCAUACUUCCAAUGAUAUAAUUGAAAAUAAUUAUGAGAAUGUAACAGAUUCUAAUGUACCCUUAGAAGAAAAUAAAACAUCGCAUCAUCAUUUUAAUAGAAGUGAUGUGGAUGUUGUUCAGAAAUUAGAUGUAAAUGAGAUUGAUUCGCAAAUAAAUAAUACAAAUAACAUUGACAAUGACAGCAAAAACUUAGAUGAUAGCGAUAUAACUAAACAAAUCAAUAUUAUGGCGACUUCAGAUGAAGGCUCGAUAGGAAUAAUAAAAACUAGCACAGAAGUGGAAAAUAACUUAAACGGUGCAGAUAAUAAUAUAUCGAGAAAUGGAAGCCAAGAAGAAAUGCAGACCACUCCUGAUGAUAGCAUUAAAAAAGUAAAAUUUUCUAAUUUAAAUAUCGGUGUUAACAGCAGAAAAACAGGCAUAAGCGACGAUAGCAAUAGUAUUUAUGUUCGUGAGGGUCAUUAUCAUAUGCCAAUAAACCUCUCCGAAGAUGGAAGUAUAAAACCUGAAUUACACUUAGCUCCACCCAAUGACAAUUUGCUUAGUGAUGCCGAUGAGUCAUGGCCUGAAAAUUUACAAUUCCCCGUAUUAAAAGCUACCGUUAGCGUCAGUAAGUCUAUUAUGUCGCUUGGAAACAUUUUAGAAAACGAAGAGAAAGAAUUAACAACCGAUGAAAAAGAUAACAUUUCGAAUGAAGACAGAAAAAUAUCACUUACUCAUACAAUACAAGCUGACAAGAACGAGGAAAUAGAAGAAGACGAUGGAAAUAUAGUAAUUACUGAAACGGAAAAAUAUACACGGGAAAAUUAUACAAAUACGAAAAAUAAACAUUAUAAACAGAAUAAUUUCGCGGUAACAACACCAUAUCAUGUUGAUGUAGUACAAGAACAAAUAGCGAAAAUUGAUACAUUUGAAAAGGAGAAUAUUGCUGUAAAACUGAUUAUAGAGCGUAUGCCAGUAAUUGACAUAUAUCCAAAAGAAAAUUUUCAUUAUAACAGACUAACUCAUGAAAAAUCAAUACAAACAGAACAAGAAGUUAUCAACAAUAUUUUUAAACAAAUCGCCUCAACAGUAGACAUUUUACCGAGCUAUAAAAUCUUUAAGGAAUCUAAAGCGAUAUGCAGUUGUGGUACUUUCAUUAAAGGAUACGAUAUAAAAGAAUCUGAAAUUCGAAAAUGGUGCCAUGGGUUAGAAAAUGUGAUGCAAAAUUUGGAGUUAUGGAUAGAAUGGGUGGAAAUUACGUGUAAUUACAUCAUAUCGUUCAACCAUAAAGUCUAUAAAGCUGAUAAACGCAAAGAAGAUAAUAAAUAUAUGUGGACCAAGCUGAUAAUUAACAUCGAUUUGGAUUCUAAAACUUGGAGAAAAAUAAGCAAAAGACUUAGAAGAGGAAUUACUAAUUAUAAAAGUUUUUAUGUAAAGCCUAGGACUCAGCGGACCAAAUCCUGCAACUACCAUCAGCUCCUGCAGAUAUCACAACUAUGCCAGAAGGGAAGAACUUGCAUUUGUAAACGGGGCCUCCAUGACCUUUGAGAUCUAAAAGUUUCUCAUCUAAAAAAGAUAAUACAUUAAGCUGAUCGCUUAUUCUCAAUACAUCACAACUGUGUAAAACUAAAUGGCUACAAUGAAUCAAUGUACUUUAAAUCUUACUUGUCCUGCUGUCCCAAACAAUGAGGUUAUCCCCUUCACAUGAAGAUACUGCUAAAGCAUUUUCAGCUGUGGAAAC